UUCAGAUUUUGUUUAUUUUAAAUUAUACUGUUUUGGAAAUUUAUAGGUUUUUCAAAAAUAUUACUAAAAAUUGAUCGAGUAUUAUACAUUCGAAAAUAUUUAAGCCCUUAAAAAAAACAGACCCUCUUGAAUCGUGACCAUGGCUAAUUAUCCACGAUGACUUGCAAUUUUCAAGACAAUUUAGGGCGCAGUAUCAUCGAUGCAGAUAUAUUUUGUUGAACAAAGGAGAAAAUGGCAUCAGACCAUUCUAAAAAGAGUGGAAAACUUGCGCCUCUUUCCCCACCUCCAAUAAUUGAUAUUUCUGAUGAUGAAUUAGUAACUAUAUCAGUAAGGGAUCUAAACAGACAACUCAAAUUAAGGGGCCUAUCUAGAGAUGAUAUAGUUCGUAUGAAACAGAGACGACGAACACUAAAGAAUAGGGGAUAUGCAGCAUCUUGUAGAAUAAAAAGAAUUGAACAAAAGGAUGAAUUGGAAACUGUUAAAACAGUGGAGUGGAAAGAUGUGGAGACAAUGCAGGACGAUGUUAUCACAAUGAGAAGCGAAGUGGUAGAAAUAAGAGACAGAUAUGAAGCCCUUAAACGCUUUGCUAUUGCAAAUAAAAUUCCCAUUCCUAGUGAAUUAGAACAGUUAUAGUGUGCUUGUGCCUAGAAUUAAAUAUAUAAGUAAAACAGAACUUAU